AAUUACCCAUGACUGAUGCCUUCCAGAGCCAGACAAUGGAAACUCAGCUGAGAUCAGAGCAGGUGAAAACAGUUUUAUCUGCUCUCUGCAAAAUCCCCUUCCUCUUUUUGCUUCUGUACUUUUUUGUGUGCUCCCUUGACGUUUUAAGCUCUGCCUUUCAACUAGCUGGAGGCAGGGUAGCAGGGGAUAUCUUCCAGGAAAAUGCCAUCCUGUCUAACCCAGUGGCUGGGCUGGUGGUGGGGAUACUGGUGACAGUGUUAGUGCAGAGCUCCUCCACCUCUACAUCCAUCAUAGUCAGCCUUGUCUCUUCGGGUUUGCUGGAUGUUCAUUCAGCCAUACCUAUCAUCAUGGGCUCCAACAUCGGAACAUCAGUCACCAAUACGAUUGUUGCUCUAAUGCAGGCUGGGGAGAGAGAGGAGUUUGAAAGAGCAUUUGCUGGAGCUACAGUCCAUGACUGUUUUAAUUGGUUAUCAGUUCUGGUGCUUCUCCCUCUGGAAGCUGUGAGUGGUCUACUGAGGCAUCUGUCACAGGCUGUGGUUGACACACUACAGUUCAGUAGUGGAGAAGAAGCUCCUGAACUUCUGAAAGUCCUCACUGAGCCACUUACUAAAAUGAUUAUCCAGCUGGAUCGGUCAGUCAUUACAGCCAUCGCUACAGGAGACCAGAGUGUGAGGAACAAGAGUCUGGUGAAGCAGUGGUGUCAAACCACCACCAUGGAGGUAUGGGUGCAAUAAAAUGCAUCCCCUUUUCAUCAUUGCUGACAGGACAAUGAAACAUCCUGGGGAAUACACAACCUUUCAGAACAUACACAAAAAUGCAGGCAUCUCUUUGUGGACUGCAUUUUGUCAGACUUGGCCAUAGGUCUGAUCCUCUUGGCUUGCUCCCUGUUGGUGCUGUGCAGCUGUCUCAUAUUGCUGGUUAAACUGCUCAACUCCUUGCUUAAAGGCCAGGUGGCCAGUGCUAUUAAUAAAGUCAUUAACACAGAUUUCCCUUACCCUUUUACCUGGCUGGCAGGUUAUCUUGCUCUACUUGUGGGAGCAGGCAUGACCUUUUUGGUUCAGAGCAGUUCUGUCUUCACCUCUGCCAUCACUCCUCUGAUAGGGAUUGGUGUAAUCAGUAUUGAGAGGGCUUACCCUUUGACCCUGGGGUCCAACCUUGGAACCACUACCACAGCUACCCUGGCAGCCCUGGCUAGUCCAGGAGAUAAGCUGGCAGCUGCCACACAGGUUGCUUUAUGUCAUUUUUUCUUUAACCUUCUUGGUAUCCUGCUGUGGUAUCCCAUACCAGUCACCCGCUUACCCAUACGUAUGGCCUGUGCCCUUGGCAACUGCACUGCUAGGUAUCGCUGGUUUGCAGUUUUGUAUCUCCUCCUCUGCUUCCUGUUGCUCCCAUCCCUCGUGUUUGCCCUCUCCAUGGCUGGCUGGAAGGUGAUGACUGGGAUUGGUGUGCCAGUCAUUAUGGUGAUUAUAUCUGUUGUAACAGUGAACAUGCUGCAGGUGCGCAGACCUGACUUUUUGCCACUUAGACUGCAGAACUGGGACUUCCUCCCUGUUUGGAUGACCUCACUGCAGCCCCUUGAUAACCUUAUCACCAGGGUGACCCUGUGGUGCAGGCAAGGGAGAGGUGAAUAUCCCAGCCAGUACUAUAAUACAAACUGAACCAU